GGGUAAGGGGUUGUGGCACUGAUUGUCCUAGGAUUAUUAUCUUUUAUGAUGAGUGUUGAUUUUAUUUAAAUCAAUAUUAAGUUAUAUUGUUUUGAUGACAUUGGUCAGUGCUCUUUCAUUAAAGAAAAUUCACAUCCAUAUCCUUGAUUUAUACUGAAGAGCUUGUUCUUACUAAUAGAUCAUAUUUGGCACUUCUCCCCCGCACCAUAAAGUUUACAUUUUAAUAACCCCAAAUGUUUUAUAAUUAUUUUAGAUACAUCUUACGCCAUUGAGAACUUAUUAUGUAUGUAAUGCAGGACAUCGCUGUGAGGACUUUAGAACUGAAAUUCUGUGGGUUUUUUAUGGUGGUUUAAAGCUAAAAAUCAGUGGAAUUUUAGGGUUUCAAUUAAUGAAUGGAAUCAGCGAGGUUUAGGAUUGAUAAACCAGGAGAAAGAGAUCAAACAGGGGCUGUUUAGGAGCUGUGAAUAGUAGCUCGUGAACAGUAAAUUGAAACAAAAAAGAAAAAGAAAGAAGAAGUCUAGGCAUCGCAUCUAGAUUCCAUAGGCAUCAUAUUUAGGGUUAGGGUUGUAUCACACAAACCCAAAAGAGGCUUCAAAAGUCUAAAUUUUUGUAUAAAAUAUUAAUUCUAUUAAACGAGAAGCAUUAUAUGGCUUUAUAUAGAUUUUAGACACUUCUUAUUCUAACUAGAACAAAAAAAGAAAAUUACUGAAAAAUACUACAGACUUCUAAAACCAAUUUAAGAUCAAAUAAGAAACAAAUAAAGAGGAUAAAUUACAGACACCACCUCUGUACCUUUGAAAUCAUACUGUCACCCCUUUUAUUAUUAAAAAUAUCACUGACCUACCCUGUCAGAUAACAGUGGUAACUUCAGUUAAAUUUACUAUAUUGCCCUUGUCUAACACAGUGCAAAUUAAAAAAAAAAAAAAAUCCCCUUCUCUCCCUCAGUCUUCUGUGCCUUGCCAUCUUCAACCAGCAUCAACAAGCAUCUCCAACCAGCUAGAACAACCAUCACUAUGAUGAGCAAACCCUUCUCUCGCUCCGACCUUGUGAGCUCCCACCAUCCAACAACCCCUUCUUUUCAACAACUCUUCCACCAUCAACACCCAACACAGUUUGUGGGUUUCAUAUUUGAUAAUAUUGAUUAGAGUGGUGCUUUAAUCUAACGAAAUUUUGCAUAAAAAAAUAUUAAAUUGGUGCUUCUAUUCCAUGGGAAUCUCAGACCCAAGAUGCAAUUGGCAAGGCCGGCCCUGACCUAAGGCAGGUAAGGCUUGUGCCUUAGGCCCCAAAUUUUGGCCCAAAAAUAGGGCCCCAAAAUUUAAAAAAUUGUUAUAGGGUCAACUUUUUGUUUUUGUUUUUCUUGUUUUAAGAUCAAUUUAAAGGGCCCAAAAUGUUUUAUUGGACCCAUGUAUAAUUUAGCCCAUAUUUAUUAAAAUGAAAAUAUAUAUAAAAAAAAAAAAAACAGAAAAUGUGUUUGGGCCCAACCCAAACCAUACAUACAAUAUACAACAUCACUUUAGUGCACUGCUAGUGUGCUUCUGCUUUCAAUCUCUCUCUUUAACGAAGUGAUGAAAUGAAGACGAAAGUAUGUACACCAAGUUGAAGGCAGACGCAGAGCACAACAUUGUGAGCGACUCACUCUCUCUCUUUCACACACUCCUUCGGUGAUUCACUCUCUCUCACACAUACUCUCUCUCAUGUUAUAAAUGACUAUGAUUGUAUUUGCGGAAAAUGGUGUUGUGGCCUAUUAGGAUGGGAAGCUCAUUGGGACCGAGCGACCAAAUUCUUUUUAAUCGGGAAAUUUGGUCGCCAAAUGUGUUUUUUCUUGUAGUGCCAAUUGGCCGAAACUACAGCCAGGAAGAACGGGAUGAGUUUGAAAAGUAUGACAAGGUACUGAACAUACGCCCUAUGAUGGUGUCUGUGCUCCGCGAGAAAUUUGCUCACCUUAAGCUCACCUUUUCCAUUGGGGGACAAAUAACUUUUGAUGUUUUCCCUCAAGGUUGGGACAAGACUUAUUGCUUGAGAUAUGUGGAUGAUUUUCAUGAAAUCCACUUCUUUGGAGACAAAACUUACAAGGGAGGAAAUGACCAUGAGAUAUAUGAAUCAGAGCGAACUAUGGAGCACAUAGGUCUGCUCUAUAUUUCAGGUUUUUUUUGCAGUUCAAUACACCAUGGAGUUCUCUAUUGCCAUAAGAUCUACAGAACCAAAUGCAUUGUUAAUAUGGUGCCAUUUGCAAAGAAAUCUAAAAUCUUCAAUCAAGUCAAUUCAUUUUGUUUUCAACAGCAUCUACAUGCAUCUAUUUCAUUUAUUAAAGUUGGAUAAUUACCAAAGAAAAUGGAUCCAUCAACAAAAGAAAUAAAAUUGAUGAUAUUUUCUUAUAACAUUCUGAAUGAUUUUGUACAUAAAACAGGCUGUACUUGUUUUAAAUGCUAUGGAAAACAAAAUGGAUUAAAUAUUGCAAGUUCAGAUGGAACAGUUUCAUUUUCAUUGAGUACCCAAAUACUUUUUAAAUGGAUAUCAAUGUCAAUGUUCCUCUUUUGCCAUUUUAAUUUUAUAAUCAUGGUGAUGUGAACUUUUUUCUUGUUCUAU